GAGCCUCCCCACCGCCCCCCGCUGCUGGGCCCGGGGAUGGGGAACGUGGAGAGCGCGGACGGGGAAGCGCUGCCCCGGGGCCCGGGAACGGGGGGAGCCCCGGGGGUGGGCGGGGGGCUGAGCGCCGGGAAGAUGCCGAUGCCGGAGCCGUGCGAGCUGGAGGAGCGCUUCGCCAUGGUGCUGAGCUCCAUGAAUCUCCCCCCGGACAAAGCGCGGCUGCUGCGCCAAUACGACAACGAGAAGAAGUGGGAUCUGAUCUGCGACCAGGAGCGCUUCCAGGUGAAGAGCCCCCCCCACGCCUACAUCCAAAAGCUGCAGAGCUUCCUGGACCCCGGCGUCACGCGGAAGAAGUUCCGCAGGAGGGUGCAGGAAUCCACCAAAGUGCUGCGGGAGUUGGAGAUCAGCCUGAGGACCAACCACAUCGGAUGGGUGCGUGAGUUCCUCAAUGAUGCCAACAAGGGGCUGGACGUGCUGGUGAACUACCUGUCCUUCGCGCAGUGCGCCGUCAUGUUUGACUUUGAGGGCCCCGACGGCGCUGAGGACGGCGCCCUGGAGAGGCUGCGAUCGUGGAGCCGAUCCAUUGAGGAUCUGCACCCCCCCGGGACCCCCCCGGCCCCAUUCGGCAGCAGUUGGACGCGCUCUGCCCGGCACGGCGCCCUGCGCGCCGGGACGCUGCCGAACCGCCGCGCGCUGAAGAACGCCCGCAUGGUGAGCAGGAAGGACGACGUGCAUCUGUGCGUGAUGUGCCUCAGAGCCAUCAUGAACUACCAGUACGGCUUCAACCUGGUGAUGUCCCACCCCCAUGCUGUCAAUGAGAUCGCCCUGAGCCUCAACAACAAGAACCCCAGGACGAAGGCGUUGGUGUUGGAGCUGCUGGCAGCCGUGUGCCUCGUGAGGGGGGGGCACGAAAUCAUCCUGGCGGCGUUCGAUAACUUCAAGGAGGUCUGUAAGGAGAAGCACCGCUUCGAGCGCCUCAUGGACUAUUUCCGCAAUGAGGACAGCAGCAUCGACUUCAUGGUGGCCUGCAUGCAGUUCAUCAACAUCGUGGUGCAUUCGGUGGAGGAUAUGAAUUUCCGUGUCCAUCUGCAGUACGAAUUCACCAAACUGGGGCUGGAGGACUUCCUGCAGAAGUCGAGGCACACGGAGAGCGAGAAGCUGCAGGUGCAGAUCCAGGCUUACCUGGAUAACGUGUUUGAUGUGGGGGGGCUCCUGGAGGACGCGGAGACCAAAACUGUGGCCCUGGAGAAGGUGGAGGAGUUGGAGGAGCAGCUUUCCCAUCUGACAGAGAAGCUGCUGGACAUGGAGAACGAGAGUGUGAUGCGCGUGGCGGAGCUGGAGAAGCAGCUGCUGCAGCGCGAGAAGGAACUGCAGCUGGUGAAGGAGACCUACGAGCACACCAGCCAUCAGGUGCACACCCUGCGGCGGAUGAUCAAGGAGAAGGACGAAGCGUUCCGCCGCCGUUACGGCUCGGAGCCCCUGCGCCCCCCCCCGCCGCCCGCCCCCUCCGCCCCCAUUGCCGCCCCCCGCGCCCCCCACUGCCAGGGAAGUGCCCCCCCGCUGCCCCCCCACUGCCGGGGGCUUCACCAUCCAUCGCCCUCACCGUGGGGCUGUCGGCCAUCCCGGAUUAAGAAACCCAUCAAGACCAAAUUCCGGCUGCCGGUCUUCAAUUGGACGGCGCUGAAACCCAAUCAGAUCAGCGGGACGGUGUUCAGUGAGCUGGAUGAUGAGCGGGUGCUGCAGGACCUGGACUUGGAGCGCUUCGAGGAGCUCUUUAAGACCAAAGCUCAGGGCCCGGCGCUGGAUCUGCUGUGCCCCAAAAGCAAAGGGACGCAGAGGGCGGCCCCCAAAGUGACGCUGCUGGAAGCCAACCGUGCCAAAAACCUCGCCAUCACCCUGCGCAAGGCCGGCCGCGGCCCCGAGGAGAUCUGCAGGGCCAUCCACACUUUCGACCUGGCCACGCUGCCCGUGGACUUCGUGGAGUGCCUGAUGCGCUUCGUGCCCACGGAGGCGGAGGUGAAGGCGCUGCGGCAGUACGAGAGGGAGCGCAAACCGCUGGAGGAGCUGUCGGCCGAGGAUCGCUUCAUGCUGCACUUCAGCAAAGUGGAGCGGCUGCCGCAGCGAAUGGCCAUCAUGGCCUUCCUGGGCAACUUCGCCGACAACCUGCAGAUGCUGACGCCGGUAUUGGGCAAACUCAAUGCCAUCAUCGCCGCCUCCGCCUCCGUGAAGUCAUCCCAGAAGCUGAAGCAGAUGCUGGAGAUCAUUCUGGCCUUGGGGAAUUACAUGAACAGCAGCAAACGGGGCGCAGUGUAUGGCUUCAAACUGCAGAGCCUGGACCUGCUCCUGGACACCAAAUCCACCGACCGAAAGCUGACGCUGCUGCAUUUCAUUGCUCUGACGGUGCGGGAGAAAUACCCCGAGCUGGCCACCUUCUGGCAGGAGCUGCACUUCGUCGAGAAAGCAGCAGCAGUGUCCCUGGAGAACGUUCUGCUGGACGUGAAGGAGCUGACGCGGGGCAUGGAGCUGCUGCGGCGCGAGUGCGGUUUGCACGACAGCAGCGUCCUGCGCUCCUUCCUGGCGGGCAGUGAGAGCAAGCUGGAGAGGCUGCAGAAGGACGCACGCACCGCCGAGGAUGCCUACAACGCAGUGGUGCGAUACUUCGGGGAGAGCCCCAAGACCACCCCCCCCUCCGUCUUUCCGGUGUUCGCCCGUUUCAUCCACUCUUACAAAGAUGCAGAGCAGGAGAAUGAGACGAGGAAAAAGCAGGAGGAGGUGAUGCGGGAGAAGCUGCUGGCACAGGAGGCCAAAAAGCAGGAGAAGCGCAACAAAUGGCAGCAGCAGGAGCUGAUCGCAGAGCUGCGCCGGCGCCAAGCCAAGGAGCACCGCCCUGUGUAUGAGGGCAAGGACGGCACCAUUGAGGACAUCAUCACCGCGCUGAAGAGCGUCCCCUUCACGGCUCGCACGGCCAAGAGGGGCUCACGCUUCUUCUGUGAGCCCGCGCACCACGAGGAGAGCGGCUCAUAGCCACAGCCUGGAGGCAUCGGAUCCAUCUGUAGCAGCUGUGGGUCAGAAGGCAGCACCCCUGGGAGGGGGUCACAGCGAAGAGCCCCCCCCCCCACCUCGCCACGACCCCCUCAGGACCCACUGGAGGGUCCUGGGGGCUCAGCCCACCUCCCCCCCUUCCCUCCCUCCCUCAAUGGCAGUGGCCAAAUCCCACUGCUGGG